UCACAGAGUCACUGCCCAUUUCUCGCAAAAGACAAACCCACAAUUUCUUUAUUCACUUCUUAAUUCAAUUUCACUUUAUUAACAUUAAUUUCCAUUUUCAUUUACUUUAUCCUCCUCACAUCUUAUGCAUUUCCAUGUUAAUAGCUUUCUCAUAUUGCUUUCAAAUUCAGAAAUUGAAGUAGGUUGUUGUGGCUAGAAUUCAAUUCAAGAACUUUUUACGCUACCCAAUUUUUUUUCUUUGACCUAAAAAUCUAUUUUUUAUCAUGCUUUAGUGGUGAAUCUUGCUUUAAAGGGGAGCCUUCUUAUUGUUCUUCAAUCAUUUUUGUUAAAAAAGUGAAAUUUUCAAUUUACACGCUUUCGUCAUUUGUGGGGUUGGUUCAGAUUUAUGAGUUGUGAGACAUGUGGGGAAAGGUUUAUAUGACAUAGAUUUGGAUUGUAUACUUUUUGGAAAACAAAGAGGCAUAUUGGAUUGGACUUGAUAUAACAUCAUAGUAUACUUAAGUCAAUUUUAAAGUGAUUUGAAGCUAUCUUGUAUUGUGCUUUUAAAGAUAACUUUAUGCUAUUGAAAGGAUCUCAGAUCCAAUCAUUGGAUAAUAUCUGUUAGAUUUUUAUUUUAUUUUGGUCUUAAACCUCCAGUAUCCAGAGGAGAAAAAGAAGUCUGGUGAUUGGAGUUCGAUCUGGAGUUAAGUAAAGUCUGAAAAAUUAUUAUUUCAGCCAGAAUUUGAACUUGGGUCAUGUUGAUAGAUUUGACAUUAAGUGAAGUUGAUUAACCAGGUGAGUUCAACCACUUGGUCAGUUAUAGUAUGUGUUAGUUUGUAUUGUGUAGGUACGACCCUUAGUAGAAAAAGAUUUUAACUUGUAAAGGUGAAAACUCUGCUAGUUUGUGUGUAAAAGUAGAAACUUGAAUAGAUGCUACUUUUAGCUUGGGCUAUGGCAUGAAAAAUAUGAAAAUCGGUAUGAGUAGGACCAUUGUUUGGUUUAGGAGGGAUCUUAGAAUUGAGGACAAUCCUGCAUUAGCUGCUGCAGCAAGGGAUGGUUCUGUUUUUCCUGUCUUUAUUUGGUGUCCCAAAGAGGAAAGGGAGUUUUAUCCAGGUAGAGUGUCUAGGUGGUGGCUGAAGCAGUCUCUUGCUCACUUGGAUCAGUCAUUGAAAUCUCUUGGAGCUAGACUUGAGUUGAUCAAAACUGAUAGUACUCUUGCAGCACUUUUGGAAUGUGUAAAUGUUGUUCAAGCUACAAAAGUAGUGUUUAAUCAUCUCUAUGAUCCAGUUUCACUUGUUCGUGAUCACAACAUCAAAGUAAAAUUAAUGGAACUUGGUAUUUCUGUUCAAAGCUACAACGGAGACUUGCUGUAUGAACCGUGGGAUAUAUACGACGAAAGCGGGCAUGCAUUUACAACUUUUGAUCCUUUUUGGAACAGAUGCUUGCAAAUGCCAAUGAAAGCUUAUUCACUCAUUCCUCCUUGCCAGUUAAUUCUUGCUGAAGGUAAAGUUGAGAAACAUUCAAUUGAGCAACUAGGUCUUGAAGAUGAGUUAGAAAAAUCAAGCAAUGCAUUACUAGGAAGAGCAUGGUCUCCAGGUUGGAGCAAGAGUGACAAGGCAUUAACAGAAUUUGUUGAAAAGCACUUAGUUCACUACUCCAGAAAUAGGAUAAACCUUGGUGGCAACUCCACCUCACUCUUAUCGCCAUAUAUUCAUUUCGGAGAAUUGAGUGUGAGGAAAGUAUUUCAGUUGGCGCGGACGAAACAAAUAUUAUGGACGAACGAAGGAAACAUUGACGGCGUAGAGAGUGCAACACUUUUUCUCAGGGCCAUUGGAUUUCGAGAGUACUCGCGCUAUCUUUGUUUCAGUUUUCCGUUCACCGUUGAGAGGCCAUUGCUAGGGAACUUGACGUUUUUUCCUUGGGAUACCGAUCCUUACAACUUUAAGGCUUGGAGGCAAGGUAGGACCGGCUAUCCGUUAGUUGAUGCUGGAAUGAGAGAGCUUUGGGCGACAGGAUGGAUACACAACAAAAUGCGAGUCAUAGUUUCAAGUUUUGCUGUGAAAAUGUUGCUUAUACCAUGGAAAUGGGGAAUGAAGUACUUUUGGGAUACACUAUUAGAUGCUGACCUUGAAUGUGAUAUCUUGGGUUGGCAGUAUAUCUCAGGAAGUUUACCUGAUGGUCACAAGCUUGAACGCUUGGACGAUCCGGAGAUUCAAGGGACAAAGUAUGAUCCAGAAGGCGAGUACGUUCGUCAAUGGCUGCCGGAAUUAGUGAGAUUGCCAACCGAGUGGAUCCAUCAUCCAUGGAAUGCACCAAUUACUGUACUAAGAGCAUCAGGGGUAGAGUUGGGUCAAAACUAUCCAAAACCAAUCAUUGACAUAGAUUUAGCAAGAGAACAAUUAACUGAAGCUAUAUUCAAGAUGUGGGAAAAUGAAGCAGCUGCAAAAGCUUCUAGUUCAAAAGAUAAACAUGAAGUUACUGAUGACAGCGAAAAAUUUUCUAUUCCAAAGGUUUUUUUGAAGGACAAGGCUCCACGUGCCGCCGCUUCUUCGUCGAACGACCAAAAGGUGCCAACAAUUCAGAAUCUUAAGAGUGAUGAUCCUCCUAAUAGGAAGAGACUAAAAUAUACAGCUGAAGUGAAAGAGAAACGAGACGAUUCGUGUAAUUUCAGCAAGCAUACCGAGGUUUCGUGCAUUGAUCAAGAAGUGUGUUCUACAGCUGAGUCUUCAUCCAAGAGACAGUGUUCAAGCACUUUUUCAUUUUCUGUCCCACAACAGUGUUCCUCAUCUUCUAAUAUAAAGUUAUCAUGUCAAGAACAGAUUGAAAUGGAACAGAGUUCAAGCAAAGAUGGUGAGAAUGACUAUGUUUCAAGAGGGGAGAAUGAAAAAGAAAUCAAAAGAGAGUCUUAAACAAAGAAAGUCUUUAAGCUUGCAUGAGCACACUGAUUAGCAAGUUUUCUAUAGUGUAUCUUUACACUAAGAAGCACAUAUUCUGACACGAAUACUAGAUACGACGUUGAUACUGACACACCAACACUGGUAAUAGUUUGAGAAAAUGAAUGAAUGGAAUUUAAUGAAUGUGUCAAUGUUAGACAUCUACACGUGUCAGACACCAAGUCAUACCUUCAAUCAGAAGUGUCGAUGCUACAAUAUAUACAUAUUUGUUGACACUUGUGUAAGAAUUACUACAUGUACUUGAUAGUACACAGCAGCUUCUAAUUCUUUGUGAUUCA